GUUCCACCUCUACAGACUGGCUGCGCUCCCUGCCUUGUCUCCAUGGAGGCCAACUGCUACAGAGGGAGAGGAAGUUGGCCGAGGUGCAGACCCGGGUCCUAAAGGAGUGCCUGAGACGUAGAGAAGAGGCAGGGAAGCCAGCUUCAAUACCAGUCAAUGACCUGAAGAUCUUGCUCAGCCUGGCCAGAGAACAGUACCUCAAGAUGCAUGACUAUACCCUGCCUAAAGCCUCUGCCCUGCCUAAAGACUCCAGUCUGCCCAGAGUUGAGCCCUGUGGAGCAGAGGAGGUGAACCUCACUAUGAAGACUACAGAGUUCAUUAAACACUCCCAACAUGCUGAUUGGCCAGAGAGAAGUGUUCUGCAGAACUAUGAGAACCUCCAGAGGACUCGUCAGAAGCUGAGGUUUGGUAUGCUGUCUGGCGGCUCGUCUGACUGUCUGCUGGGGCCUAAGGACGUCCAGGGCCAGAGAACCACCCCAGCCUUGCUGGAUGCCAAAGAGCUGCUGAGACACUUCACACCAGACGGCCUGCCCACCGGAGAUCUGCAGCCUCUAUUAGUCCAGAGACUAGG